UGGUGUUUCGUUCUCUCCAUUCAUUCUUUACAAGUACUGUUCCAAGAAACUUCACAGGCAACCGGCAACCGGGAACCAGCAACCAGCAACCGGCAACCAACAACAGGCGACGUGCUUACCGACAUCUUAUUCUCUCCAUACUUCACCGAUUAACCUUCUUCUUCUAUUCUCCAUAACAUCCUGUUCCAAGAGAUUCUACCGACAUCCGGCAUCCAACAAUCGAGGACGUGCUCACCGACAUCCGACAUCCAGUAAUCGAGGACGUGCUCACCGACAUCCUAUUCUACGCAUACUCCUCCCCCAUCGCUUAGCCUUAUUUUUCUUAUCUCUAACAGCAGUGUGUCCUCUUCCCAAGUAUAAGAAGAAAACUCCGAUGGUUAAUCAACUUCGAAUGGUAUGAUAAAGAAAGGAUAGAGGGUGGCCCACACUUUGUGCGGAAGUUGGUUUUUGAUCUAGAUGGAAAUGAACCAGAAAAGAUUGAUGUUACCAAUGGUUUAAAUGAGAAGGUGGGAUAUCAAAACAGGUAAAAGGAUUUAAGCACAAUGUGACCACCAUGCGUUCUUCAAAGAGGCCAAAGAAUGCUUUGGCAAAAGCAUUUGUAAAGAGAGCAAAACGGAAGAAGGAUCAAUCUAAUGAAAAAUUCUCUACAAAGGAAGCUAAAGAUGGGUGGAAUGUGUCUAAGGGGAAGAUGGCAGAUGAACAACACUUUGACCAAACUCUCUCAUAUACCCAGGAAUCAAUGUUUGUGGAUAAUAGGGAGAAUGUUACAAGUACAAGUAAUCCAAAUAAUACCAUUCUCUCAUAUACACAGGAUUUGCAAAAUUUUUAUACUAUGACUUCAACAUUUCAGGGAGAUGUGCCAGGCAAAGUUUUUAGAGAACCCAUCUAUGGCGGAUCUCAUUUGAAUAGGCCUCAUCAGAUAUUGGACCAUAUCAUGCAAUGGACUUGUACCAGUUCUGAGAAAACUGAGUGACAAAUUUUCUCACAUUUUCAAACAGGUAUGCUUAGACUUUGGAUUUUGUCUUCAUAACCAAUCAUGGAACGGAUUUCAGAGUUCAUGGAUGGAGAUUUAGUAUAGGUUAAAUGUCUAAUUUAUUCAUAGUCAUGUAAUAAAGUAUUAUUUAUAAUUUAGUGAGCAACCCACUAUUCCAUUUAGCAAUUAAGGAAUUUACAAUAAACAAUCAACUUAAUGACAUGUUUACUAGAAAGAUAAAUCAAUUGUUAUUUAAUUCAUUCAUUAUCA